UCCGCAGGUGUCAGGGGCCCUGCUGCCCGCCAUGGGCCGCAGAAGGGCCGCGCGGAGGCCGGGGGCCGAAGGCAGCCGCGCUCGGCACCCAGCGGGCCGCUCCCUGGAGGCCUUCGCCGAGGAGGUGGGCGCCGCGCUGCGCGAGUCGGUGGAACCAGAGGCGGCCGAGGACGGGGGCCCCUCGGGCCCGGCGCGACUACCCUGCACGCUGGCCAUGUGGGAGCUGGGCCACUGUGACCCCCGGCGCUGUACCGGCCGAAAGCUGGCCCGCCUGGGUCUGGUGCGCUGCCUGCGCCUGGGCCACAGGUUCGGCGGCGUCGUGCUCAGCCCGGUGGGCUCCCAGUACGUGUCCCCCGCGGACAGACAGCUGGUGGCACAGAGUGGGGUCGCUGUGGUCGACUGCUCCUGGGCCCGCCUGGAUGAGACACCGUUCGGGAAGAUGCGGGGGAGCCAGGUGCGGCUGCUGCCCCACCUAGUCGCCGCCAACCCCGUGAACUACGGCCGGCCCUGCAAGCUGUCCUGUGUGGAGGCUUUUGCUGCCACCUUCUGCAUCCUGGGUUUCUCGGACCUUGCUGUCAUUUUGCUGCGGAAGUUCAAGUGGGGCGAGGGCUUCCUAGACCUGAACCGCCAGCUCCUGGACAAGUAUGCAGCCUGCGGCAGCGCGGAGGAGGUACUCCAGGCCGAGCAGGAGUUCCUGGCCAACGCCAAGGAGCGCCCGGAGGAGGAGGAAAUCGAUCCUUUUGACGUGGAUUCUGGGCGUGAGUUUGCAAACCCCAACAGGCCAGUGGCUGGCAACCGGAUGCUUGCAGACAGCGGUGACAGCGACAGCGAGGACGAGUCUGAGGGGCACGGCCCUGAUGCCGAGGACGGAGGAGACCAUGGCAGCAGCAGCUGCCCUGAGGAGGACAGUCCUCUUGAGCAAGGGGCAAAGGCCAAGGCCCCCGCAGAGAUUUGGGAAGGAAUCAAGAAACAGCAGAGAGACUAAAGACUGCACACGUUUAUUUUCAUGGCGGAGCAAUGAGGACUGGAGACACAGCAGGACUUGUGGGGACACAGACAGGCCUAGCAGCCUCAGCCCUCAUAGCACUGAGCAGCACCAGACUCUGUCCCCAUGCAUGUGACAUGGCUGUGUUCUGGGGCCGUCCAGCCCUCCCAUUGAAGCUGCGGGCCAAGGAGACCCCAGUGUGAGCCUGUUUCUUUGCACUUGGUCUGGGGAUUGGGGAGGCUUGCAGGGGAUGAGUAUCCAGUGAGGCAGGGCCUGCCUAGGAAGGGUAUGGACCAUGGGGGUUCCAGGCGUGAGGCUGGUCUCGCACGGGCAGGCACUGGUAGACACAGAAUACGCUGGACAGCUGCAUGCCCAGCACAGAGCUCCUUACACGGACCAACUCUGCGUGAUGUCCCCAGCCUCACAGUGAUGCCAGGGGACCCUCUCCCAGGCCUCAGAGCCAGGUGGGGAGUGGAGACCUAUGCAGUUCUUAAGCAAACCUGUCCAUAUACCUUCUGGGUGCCCACCCUCCCCUCUGUCAGAGCCCCUGGGAGCUAUGUCCUGCCACCUUGCUUAGUCCAGACUGAAACCCGAGCUGUCCUGCCUCUUGGCCCACAAGGCCCUGCAACACUCCCAGCCCCAGAAGAGAAGACAGAGCUUCUUCUAAGAUGGGCUCUUUGCUAUGGCGCUGGUAACACCUGAGAGUGGUCCACCUUUGCUCGGGGGCAUCCCUGGUCUCACCCCUAGUGCCAGUAGCCCCUCCUCCAGCCUGUAGUUGCGACCACCAAAACUGACUCCAGACAUGGCCUAAAGUUUCCUGGGGAGCUAAGCCACCCCACUGAGAACCCUGCUCUCAGACCGGUGUCUGCCUGCCGUGGGGCCAUGGGAGCUGAGCAGGCAGACGGGGAAGCUCACCUUGUGGCCAGGCCCCACCAAGUCAACAUCCCCAGACCCGGCAUGGGGGUUGCUGGAUGGAUUCACGGGGUUCACAGGACACACCACAUGGACACGGCCAGGGCAGGAAGGAGCGGGAGGGCCAGCUGCGCAUGCACACCACAUGGCGGGGUGGGGGAGUGAGCCCCGGCUGCACAAAGCUGACCACAGGGC